AUGCACCCGCAGCACGGCGGCAGCACCUACCAGAUGAACCUGGCCACGGACCCCGGCGCCCACCCGUCGGCGGCGACGCAGAACAGCACCAGUAGCGUCAACCCGUUCGGCGACCAUCACAGCUACGAAUACGAGGGUAGGGGGCGGGCGCCCGCCGCCACCGCAGCAGCAGCAGCCGCUCCGGCUAGUUUCAAGGCGCGCGCCGGCGGCGUCAACCCGUUCGACGACGACGCGGCCGACCCGAGCAACCUCGGCCUGCGCGGGGUUAGCCCGCGGCCCAUCAACACCGCGGCCGCCCCUGGGGGUGCACCAAAGUCGGGGAGCGGCGGGAGCCCGACGGAGAGGGCCGAGAGGAGGUCGAUAUUCCGGGAGAACAUGUGA